UUCCUGCUCCAAAAACCAGAACCUUCUCGCCUUCUCCCACGCCUCCUUUUGAACAAACCUUCCUCCCCUUUCUCUCUCAUCAACCAUUUUCGUGCUUCCUCUCUCUCUCCAAUCCCACGAUUAUAAGCUUCUCAAAUCACCACCAUUUCUCUGCAACUGCUCACAAAACCUUAAAAGAGAGAGAUAAUGGAGCUGAUAAUGCAGCAGCCCUUUUUCUCGAGCCUCCUGAAAGUCCCAGAUGAGUUGGAGAAGCUCUUGAACGCGCCCACCCGCACCUAUGUUCAAGACACCAAAGCCAUGGCCUCAACACCAGUCGAUAUCAUUGAGUACCCAAAUUCCUAUGUCUUCAUAGUCGACAUGCCUGGUGUCAAAACGGCUGAUAUCAAGGUUCGGGUCGAAGACGACAGGGUUCUCAGCAUCAGUGGCGAGAGAAAGAGGGAGGAGAAAGAAGAUCAAGAGGCCAAAUAUGUGAGAAUGGACAGAAGGGUUGGGAAAUUCAUGAGGAAGUUCAAUCUGCCUGAGAAUGCGAAUGUGGAGGCCAUUUCAGCUGUUUACCACGAUGGGGUUCUCACUGUGACUGUUCAGAAGGUGCCUCCCCCCGAGCCGAAGGAGCCGAGGACAGUUGAGGUCAAGGUUGCUUGAGCUUAGAGAGAGAGGUUGUUUAGGUGGGUUUUUCAACUUUUGGGUGCUCUGGUUCUUGGUUGUUUUGGCUAUGUUGUUCUGUGUGCUUUGUUGGGUCUGUGAGAUUUGGGGUUUUGGUUUUUUUAAUUUCUUGGGUACUUUUUGCUCAAGUGGCUUGGAUUGUACAGGAUGUGGAUGUAAAUCUUUGUUAAUGGCUUGAAAUGUGAAGUUAGUUUUUGUAUAAAUAGCUCAUAGUUUUU